AUGUGCGCCACUGGUUCUCCGGAUAUCAUUUUAAGGUUUAUAUUUAUACUCGACGUUAUUAUAUAAGCUUGAUGUGCUUCUUGACGAGAAUGAGAAGUUGACCUGAAAGACACUAGCGAGGAAGACGCCGACUUCAUCCAAGAUCAUCGUCUUCACGCACAUAGAUACAACAUCGUUAUAAGUUAAACUUCACGUCGUCGGAAGUUGAACUCUUUUUUCACCUUUACGUUAAACUCCACCACUUCCUAUCAAGGUUCUUCAUCCUCGUAUUUAUCUGCGUUUCUUCUACUUUACGAGAAGUAUCUUCAUCUUCAUCUUCUGUACAAGUCUUUUACUACUUUCUCCUUCUAUUCAUGGGCAAUCUCGUCUAAUCAUCGUUGCUGGCUACCAAGAUGGACGGCUGAAAGCGUAUGACUGUGUACAUGGCGAGCCCUUGUGGAAGGUCGAUAAUGGGCAGAAAGAUGGUGUUUCAACGCUUGAUUUAUGACGGAAACAAGAAAUGGGGAUAUCUUUAUUAACGUGGCAUUUUUAGUAUCUUUAGCGUGGCCUUUUUAGAAGAUGACAAGUCCUCAUGGCUGCCACCUUACAGAUAUUUUUUAUGACUAACAUCGUGAUCAAGAUCGACCAGCAUCAGGAUCAACAUCAAACUCUACAAAUUAAUAACGAGUUCUAAGCAACCUAGCUUCCAACAUGCGAUUUGUCCUUAGUACUGGCGCACAGGGAGACCUCAGGGUAUGGGAGAUGAAGACUCGCGAGAUGAUAACGCACAUGAUUAAGGCUUCCACCCCUAAAAAUUCUUUAUAGGGAUGAUCCCUCAACUCCGUAUGCGCCCUCGAACAAGGGGUAUACUCUUGAGGCAUACUUCUUUUGAGGGAUCAUUUUCACAGGGAUGAACUUGGGAGAGGUCUAACCUGAAGGAGCACACUGGGAGAGUGAAUGCCUCAGCUCUCUUCACAAACGAUCAAUACGCGAUUACAUGUGGACGCGACCGCUGUCUUUUUUUAUGAUGCAUUUUGAGUCACGCAGUAACCUUGACUUGUACAUAGUAUGGUAUCACUAUGGGGAGGCCGAGUCAGUAGGGGAGCUGUUCUUCUUGUAUUAUGUAAUUCAUAGAAAUCGACUAUGUUCACUAUUAGAAGGUACAAAUAGGCUGAACUACCUCAAGGCGACGUACUUGACCACGUAGCUUAAGAGGGCACAUGACACGACUAUGUUCACUAUCAGAACUUAGCAGCGUCGUCAGGGAUACACGCAUGACGUGACUAUCUACUUGGACAAAAAAUCUAUGACUUACUAUCAGACCCUUUACCUUGUAUAUGUAAGCACCGUUUCUAAGGCCAACGUGGGAUCUACGUGCCGAGCGACGGCUGACGAUGCAUAGGGAAAAGCAUGGCGGACUCAACGGUCUCGUAAUGGGUUCUGACCAGACGACCGUAAUCACAGUCGGAAUGGAGAAGACGAUGACGUUUUGUUAUGAUGAACGAUAUACAAUGAAAAUGUGUAGCACUAACUUAGUUAUUAUUGCUGGUCCCAAUCCCAUGCUCUGUAAAAAUAGAAGUGUAGAAGUAGUGAUAGAUGAAGAUGGUCCCUUUCCCGAAAUGUUCUGUCCUACCACUUCGAGCUGGUUUUUUUGUUGAAAGACGAGAUACAAGACAUCAGCAAGGUCCUCGUAGGCAAUGAUCGCAGAUACCAACACAAGCCAUUUUUUCUCUGUUGUCCUCGUAGGCAAUGAUCGUAGAUACCAACACAAAGAAUUCUUUCUCUCUAACCUUAGGACCUCCGACAAGCGGAUGCUAGUUACUACAUUGAUAUUCCAGAUGAAGAGGUCCUAGCCAUCGACAUGAGCAGCAACGAAAAGCACCUUGUGACUGGUGGAACGGGAUUGGGAGUCAAACUCUGGGAUGUGCGUAACGUACAUUAUGGCUUGUGGCUGUGGUCCACCUUUUGAGCAUCACUCAGCAUGUACUAGUACAACUAGAACAACUUGGCAAUCCCAAACAAUCUUGCUCCCCGCAUGUACAACUAGUACUAGAACAACUUGGCAAUCCCAAAAAAUCUUGCUCCCCGCAUGUACAACUAGGACUAGAACAACUUGGCAAUCAGAAACAAUCUUGCUCCCCCAAUCUUGCAAACAACAAUAAACUUGGCAAUCAGAAACAACAAUAAUGCUCCCCGGUUCUAAGACACACAAGGUCCCCUUUCUGUGGGUAUGGGGCAUAGUCGCGAUAUCGUUUCCGUUAAGUUUGCCCCGGAUUGCAAACAGGCAGUGUCAGGUGCUCACGACCACAGCAUCCUAGUCUGGAACCUAUACGACGAUGCGCCUCCUGCGUGAUUCACAUCUCAUCAGGUGUUGAUCAAUCACGCUGCGUGAAGAGGAUCGAUUCACAUCUUGAUUCACAUCUCAUCUUCAGGACAUCUCAUCAGGUGUUGAUCAAUCUUGGAUAAGUUUAGCUUUAGUUAGUCAUGUACUUGAUCUAACAGAUGAUCGAUCGGAUUAUCUUCUUGUUUUCUCCUAAAGAUGUUGAGGUGAGCGUGAGGGGUCUCAUUGUGGAAAUACUGAAGAACUGUUCUUGGAAACACGAAAUACUUCUUAGGCACGUAUUUUAGACACGUAAUGGCCGUGCCGAGUAGCAAGUCGCAAUUCUAUCUGUAUGUUGUUGCCCAUGUACGUGCUAGUAUCGUUCCCUCUGGUUUUAGUAGAUCUACUUAUUUUGAGCUUUCUUGAUGUGAUGCGGGGUCCGCAGUCCACAGGCACUGAUGCCAUACCUUGAACAAGACAAACUUAAUAACUAAUAUUCUAGUUCUACGUUUCUUUACUUUUCACAUUCAACUACUAGUACAACUAGCACGAUUACAAAAAUUUUGACCCAGAAGAAAUACAGUAGAGCAGUAGCUGGACCCAGAUCUGAAUUGGCAGUAGAAUCUACUUACUUCAGACAGUAUACAUAAGCAAGAAAUUAAUCUCAUGAUACUGAUAUGUUUGGCAUUUUUUUCAAAAAGAAAUAAUACACUUAGACAUCGUGCUUACCUGAAAUGAUCUUUCUGGAUAGAAAAACUUCUGUUAAAUAGAAUGUCUUAAAAACGACCGCCCACCACAGAGAGUUGUAAGGAUUGAAUUAUGAAGUCUUGCAAUUAUAAGGGAGGAAACAGUUGUAAGUACAAACUCUGCACCUCUGAGAGGUGUAAUUGAAAGAAGUAUUUUCUCUCCUAAUGGCGCAGGUGGUAGAGAUUGGUCCCCAUCAUCAUGGCGUCUCUUUUUAUUUUUAAGUUUAAC